UGAUCACGUUUGUGCAACAGAGCCAGUCUAAAUUAGUUAGUUGUGGGCAAAAGGUGCUUACGUUGUUUGUGCGUUUAAUUUUCAUCAUCUAACCAGGCCUGUGUUGCGGAAAUAAUUCAGUGUGUUUCAUUGCUGUGAAUUUUCAACUGAUGUACGCCAUGUGUCACGCAAGUACAACUUUGCACACAUUUUGAACUCAGUCACAGUAAUUUUGGACAGCAUUCGCAAUCAUGGGAUACAGUGACAACUACAGGGAUCGCAGCCCCACACAUCACCAUCGCGACCGCCACAGAGAACGCUCAAGAGACCGUGACCUCAAGGAGCACUCGCGCCCGAGGAAAUCACGAUCUCGCAGCCGCUCACCGGAGCACCGCGACAGGCGAGGCCCUGUCGACGACAGAGAUUGGAACAACAAGUACAGGGACGACAUCCGGCUGAAUGGCCACGGGGAGCGGCACCGAAGAUCGUCGGGCGAUUGGAGACAAGAGGCGCAAGACCAACAGGAACGAUUCUUUGAAAGUAGGAGGACGGAGAGGGAGAAGAUAAUGGAGCAAGGACUGCCAGAUGUGUGGGCUGCCUCACCGGAAAGAGCAGAGCAUGACUCGGAUCAGUUCAGCAAUACAGAGAAAGACAAGGAUGACUCUGAUGCUAGCAGCAGCACAGACAGUGAAGAGGAAAGAAGGAGAAGAAAGAAGAAAUCAAAGAAAUCCAAACGAAGAAAAGAGAAAAAAAGACAAAAGAAAAGUAAGAAACGAGGCAAGCGCAAAAGAAAAACAAGUUCAAGCGAGGAAUCAAGCGACAGUGACUCAGACAGUGAAGAGGAACAAGAACAGUGGGUGGAGAAAACUGCAGGUGCUAGAAAUGACAGUAGUGUCGUGGGCCCACUACCUGCAGGAGCAACUUCAGGCAGCGGUGUACUGACAGAUUUUGGGCGGGCUCUGUUGCCAGGUGAGGGUGCUGCCAUGGCAGCCUUCGUGGAGGCGGGUAAACGCAUCCCACGUCGUGGUGAGAUCGGACUGACCAGCGGCGAAAUCUCCAAGUUUGAGGACGUUGGCUACGUCAUGAGUGGCAGCAGACACCGGCGGAUGGAAGCCGUACGUAUGCGUAAGGAGAACCAGAUCUACAGUGCCGAUGAGAAGCGUGCCCUCGCCUCCUUCAACAAGGAGGAGAGAGGCAAGAGGGAGGACAAGAUACUCCGCGACUUCCGUGAGAUGGUUCACAAGAAGGUCAAAGAGAGGAAGUAAGUCUUGGAGAUGCCAGCCGCUGCCUCCGUUAACAAAAAGAGCGAGGCAAGAGUGAAAAAGCAAGAGCAUCUUUUAGACUUGUAAGAGAAGGUUCGAGAAAGUCAAGGGAAGGAAGUGACUCUUGGAGAUGCAAGCCCUUGCCUCGGUCAUCUAGAAGAGUGAGGCAAAUUGAAGGCAGGAUGAACUUGAAAGACUUGGACCUUGACUUUUGUGGGGAUGUGAAUUUGCCUUCUUCAUUAGGGAGGAGAAACAAAGAGAAUGGGAAGCUUCAAACCCUCGCCUCCUAAAAUCAGAAGUGGGGCAAGAGUGAAUCAGCUGUCAAAAGUCUCAAAGAGGAGACCUUGCUUUCUUCAGGAGGACAGAGAGACGACAUUGACGAACAAAGCUGUUCCGACAAAAAUAUCAAGAUAUCAAGUAUAGGAAAGGGAUGCCACAUUAUGGUGUUAAAUCUUUUAAACUUUCAUUUGACUUUACAAACUUGGCAGUGUCUUGAGAUGUUCCCUGGAAUAAAGAAGAUAUAGCAAACUUGCCAAGUGUCUUGAGAUGUUCCCAGGAAAUUUAAAGAGGAUAAAGCAUUUUGACGGCCAUGCACUCAUCACUUGAAGAAAGCCCUUUUGAGUAGGCAUUCGGUAUUUUUUUUGCUUAGAUACUCUAGGAUAACUACAAGGUUUAUAUUUUAUCUUCAUGGCUUAAGCUGUGUCAAGGCAGUUAUUUUCAGACAUCUUAAUAUCAUUGUGGGCAGAAACCAGUCUUACCAGUAGCACAUCUGGCAUUUUUAAAGUACAGAACUCCAGAAUUUUUUUUCUCUAGUUAUAUGUAAAUAAUUAAAAGGUGGAGAUGAGGGAUAUAUCGUAAGCCACCCAAAUCAUGCCAAGCUAUCUGCCCUUGCAUGCACAUUAAUUUGUAUAAAGCUCAGCUUGAUUGUGAAUACACUGUACAGUAAUGAUCUUGUAGUUAAUAGCAUACAUGUACAUGUACGUAUUUUGUUUUAUAGCCACAAGCCAACAAAAGGGAGCAAUUAAGCACCCGAUGUUCGGGCGGUAGUACUAAAGGCUAUUCCUUACAAUGUUAACACUUAACUCCCGAGCGCCCCCUAUUGUUAGUUUGUAAUAAUCUAGAAACGUGGUACCGCAGUCGUAAGCAAACUUCAAACCUGGUCACGCUAAAGGGAAACCGCAGCGGGAGAUUAGCAACUAGACCAGCCGUCCACUGCGCCGAUUAUCACAGUCCCAUUGAAUUUAUUUGAAAAGAUCGGCGAGAUGAAAUAACGUUGGGUUGAAGUCUUUACAAAGGUACAUUGACGGGUGAAGCUUAAGUGUGUUGCUUGAAUUGGAAGACGGGAGCAUGAUACCCGUUUCGGGACAAAAGGUCUGUCGUUGACAAGCUGCAGUGCCCGUAGUUUUGAAAAGAUGUCGUUGUAAAUGGGUUGAGAACAAUGCUUUUCCUCGCAUUGGGUCAGCCAAAAUCGUCGUAAUAGCCGAAGUCUCGUUAUGUCCGUGCACGUAAUAACCAAAUAUUUCCCCAUAGUAAUGUACACAAAUUGAUCGGGACUGGGAGAAUGUGCUCGUUACAUCCGGGUUAUUGUUAUGACCGAGCUCGUUAUAACAGGAGUCGACUGUAUUUGUAAGAAAGCGCUUAAAAAAAGAACAGUAUUUAGAUUAAAUUAUUAUUGCAUUCAAUCAUUUUUGUUUUCAUAGAUGAAAAGGCUAUCCUUUUGAUGCACACUUGCAAUUAUCAGAAAAUGAACCAUUAAGAAGUAAAAUUCCAGCGAUUAUCAGAAAAUGAACCAUUAAGAAGUAAAAUUCCAGCUAUCUUCUUUUGAAUUAUGAAUAAAUUGUGGUAUAAAUGCCGGUAUUUUCAUGUAAAUAGUGAGGUGGUACCAGCAAAUCCUCGAGUAUGCCAAACGUUUUUGUUUUAACUUCUGAAAUUCAACCCAUCCAUAUUAAACUAUCCUUAAUUCUGUGUCUGAGAUUGUUUUGUGUACAAGAGUUGUUGAUCAAAAGGAUUCCUUAAAGUUUUCCGAAAUAAAUUUAUACAAGACAUUAA